AUGGGUACGGAGGUAGUUGCAGCGCCAGCCGCCGCCGCCGAAGUCAUUCCUGCCGGCGGCACCGUUUGUCACGCCGUGCUUUUCCCCUUCAUGUCAAAAGGACACACAAUCCCCAUCCUCCACCUCGCCCGCCUCCUUCUCCGCCGCCAAAUCACACUCACCAUCUUCACCACCCCCGCCAACCGCCCCUUCAUCGCCGCUUCACUCCCCGCCGGCGCCGCCGCUUCCAUCGUGGAGCUCCCCUUCCCACAAGACAUCCCGGAAAUCCCCGCCGGCGUCGAGAGCACCGACAAGCUCCCUUCCGUCGACUCCCACUUCCCCAACUUCGCCCUCGCCACGGAGCGCAUCCGUCCCGACUUCGAAUCGGCGCUCGAAAAUCUCCGACCGCGGCCGAGCUUCAUGGUCUCCGACGGCUUCCUCUGGUGGACCCAGGACUCCGCCGAGAAGUUCGGGAUCCCGCGGCUGGUCUUCUACGGGAUGUCGAAUCACUCCGGCAGCGUGUCUAGAGCCGUGGCCGUCGACCGGCUCCUGUUCGGCCCCGAGUCGGCAGACGAGAUGAUCUCAGUGACUCAGUUCCCGGGGGUCAGAGUUUGCAAGAGCGACUUCGACGACUGGGCCCGAUCGCCCGACCCGAAAGGCCCCCACUUCGAUUUCGUUAUGAAAUCGGUUGUCGCUUCCUCGCGAAGCUACGGUUCCGUGAUGAAUAGCUUCUACGAGUUCGAACCGGUUUUCGUGGAUCAUCUGAACGGUCUCGGGACACAGAAGUACUACUCCGUGGGCCCUCUUUGCCUGGCUGACGUGGAUGACGACAACUGCGGGAAAGAAGCGGUAUUAGCCGCUGAGUCGAAGCCGGCUUGGAUUCAGUGGCUGGACGAGAAGCUGGCUGAGGGGAAGUCGGUAUUGUACGUAGCGUUUGGGUCCCAAGCGGAGAUAUCGGAGGAACAAUUGGAGGAGAUAGCGUGUGGGUUGGAAGAGUCAGAAGUGGAUUUCUUGUGGGUGAUAAGAAAGGGAGGCGGUGGGUUGGAGGAGCGAGUGAAGGGGAGAGGGAUGGUAGUGGGAGAAUGGGUGGACCAGAGGGGGAUACUGGGCCACGCCUGCGUGCAAGGGUUUUUGAGUCAUUGUGGUUGGAAUUCGGUGAUGGAGAGUGUCUGCGCUGGAGUGCCGAUGUUGGCGUGGCCGAUGAUGGCGGAGCAGCCGUUGAAUGCGAGGAUGGUGGCGGAGAAGGUGAAGAUGGGGAUCAGAGUGGAAGGUUCGGGGAGAACGGGGUUUGUCCAGCGCGGAGCUUUGGAGAAGGCGGUGAGGAAGUUGAUGAACGGUGUGGAGGGGAUGGAAGUGAGAAGGAACGCGAAGGAGUACGCAGAGAAGGCUAGGAAAGCUAUGGAGGAAGGCAGCGGCUCGUCGUGGAAAAGAUUGAACUUGUUAAUUCACGACUUGUGCAGCAAGGCAAAAAUUGAAUACUAG